UUGUUUGGGUGCAGCCGCUGUAAAGAUGGCGGUCGACAGCGGGAGGUACAGGAGUGCAGUGACUAAAAGCAACGACCCGUCUGGCUUGCUCAUCUCUGUCAUCAGGACCCUGUCUAGCAGCGAUGAUGUGCAGGAUCGGGAGACUGAGAAGGGGCGUCUGGAGGAAGCCUACGAGAAGUGUGACCGCGACCUGGAUGAGCAAAUUGUUCAGCACUAUACAGAGCUGACUACAGCCAUCCGCACCUACCAGAGCAUUACCGAGCGUAUCACAAGCUCCCGGAACAAGAUAAAACAGGUGAAGGAGAAUCUGCUGUCUUGUAAGAUGCUCCUCCACUGCAAGCGGGAUGAGCUAAGGAAGCUUUGGAUUGAGGGCAUUGAACACAAGCAUGUGCUCAACCUACUGGAUGAGAUCGAGAACAUCAAGCAAGUGCCACAGAAGUUGGAGGCCUGUAUGUCCAGCAAGCACUACCUGCAUGCCACUGACAUGCUGGUGUCAGCGGUGGAAUCUCUGGAAGGCCACUUGUUUCAAGUCGAAGGGUUGAGUGACCUGCGCCUGGAGCUUCACAACAAAAAGUUGAACAUCCACCUGGUGCUGAUCGAUGAGCUGCACCGUCACUUGUACAUCAAAUCCACAGGCCGUGUGGGUCACAAGCACAAGGAGAGGGAAAAGGACAAGGGCCGGUACGGAGGUUCGAUUCUGAAAGACUUGCCACAGGUCUCUGCACUGGAGAUUGGAGGCAUGUCAUCCCCACGCAGGUUCAUGGACUCUACCCAGCUAGGAACAUCAGGCAACACUGGCCCAGUGCUUCAGGAUGUAUGUGAAGAUAUGGAUGUGGACCCAGAGGAGAACAGCGCAGAGUUCAUGGGCAUUCUGAUCAAGGGUCUUGCCAAGCUGAAGAAGAUCCCAGAGACAAUCAAAGCCAUCAUUGAGCGCCUGGAGCCAGAACUGAAGCAGAUUGUCAAGCGCUCAACGACCCAGAUCGCAGACCAUGCCUACCAGCGAGGGGAGAACCUGUCUCAGGAGAAUCAACCCAGGCUGCUGCUAGAGCUGCUGGAGCUCCUCUUCGACAAGUUUAACGCCGUUGCAGCUGCCCAUAGUGUGGUGCUUACCCACUUGCAGCACAUCGUGCUGUCACCCACUGGCGCACAGGAGGGAAUAAAGUUGUACGAGCAGGCUGAUGUCUCCGCCAAAAUCCAGACCGUUCUACAGGUGCUACUGAUGGACUACCUGGAUGUGAAAAACACACGCAGUGCAGCUGAGCCCUCCGCACAGCUCUCCUACGCCAGCAGCGGCAGCGAUUUUGCCGCAUUCUUUGCCAAGAAGAGACCGCAGAGGCCCAAGCAAUCGCUGUUCAAGUUUGAAUCGUCGUCUCACGCCAUCAGCAUGAGCGCCUACCUGAGGGAGCAGAGGAGGGAGCUAUACAGCCGGAGCGGAGAACUGCAGGGUGGAGCUGACGACAACCUCAUAGAGGGAGCCGAGACAAAAUUUGUGUGCAAACCUGGAGCGAGGAACAUCACAGUGAUCUUUCAGCCUCUCUUGAGAUUCAUCCAGGAAAUCGAGAUGAACAUGGGCCCUGGCCACGCCAAGCAGUGCCAGCUGCGCACCUUCCUCACCUACUACAUCAAUGACCUCUUCCUCAACCAGGUGCGCACGGAGAUCAACAAGGAAAUUGAGGCCGUCACCAAGGUGUCCGAUCCCCUCAAAAUACUGGCUAGCCCAGACACCAUGAAGGUGCUGGGAGCACAGCGCCCUCUGUUGCAGAGCACAGUGGUAGUGGAAAAGUCCAUCCAGGACUUGAUGGGUCUGAUGCAGGACCUGAGCACCUAUUCCAAUCAGUUCCUGGAGAUGGUGUGUGAUAAACUGAAGGAAUAUAAGGAGAUCUGCAGCGCUGCCUAUAGGGGCAUUGUCCAGUCAGAGGAGAAGCUAACCAUCAGUGCCUCCUGGGCCAAAGAUGAGGACAUCAGCCGUCUCCUGCGCUCUUUGCCAAACUGGGCCACCAUGGCCAUGCCCCGUCAGAUGAGACAGAAAAGAGAAGAUGAUGAGGACUUUACCAGGGCUGCCUUUGCCAAGGAGUCAGAGGUGCUGACUGGCAACCUGGGGGACAAGCUAAUCCCCCAGAGCGAGAUCUUGCGUGAUGUGAGUGACCUGAAGGCGCUGGCCAACUUACAGGAGAGUAUGGAGUGGCUGGCAGGGAGGCUGAAGGGCUUCUUCUCCAACCUUCCACCGGCACACAGUGCGCCUCCAGGCACAGAUGCCCAGGUGAGCAGUGAGAGCACCUGCAGCCGAGAGCAGAUCCUGCUAACGCUCAAUGACCUGUCCAAAGCCUUCCAGGACAUCGCCGACCGCUGCCUGCUGGUGCUACACCUGGAAGUGAGAGUGCACUGCUUCCACUACCUCAUUCCUCUGGCCAAGCAGGGGAACUAUGCUAUUGUUGCCAAUGUGGAGAGCAUGGACUACGACCCCCUCGUGGUGAAACUGAACAAGGACAUCAGUGCCAUAGAAGAGGUGAUGGGGGCCAGUUUGCAGCAGCACAAGUUCCAGUACAUUUUUGAAGGUUUGGGCCACCUCAUCUCCUGUAUACUGAUCAAUGGGGCCCAGUACUUCAAACGGAUCAGUGAGUCUGGAAUCAAGAAGAUGUGUCGGAACAUCUUUGUCCUGCAGCAGAACUUGACCAACAUCACCAUGUCCCGUGAGGCAGACUUGGACUUUGCCAGGCAGUACUAUGAGAUGCUCUACAACACAGCGGAUGAACUGCUGAACUUGGUGGUGGACCAGGGUGUGCGCUACACUGAGCUGGAGUACAUCAAUGCAUUGAGCCUGCUACAUCGCAGCCAGACAGGCGUAGGUGAUCAGACAGUGCAGAACAUGCGGCUGCAGCGCCUCAAGGAGAUCAUCUGUGAGCAGGCCGCCAUCAAGCAGGCCACCAAAGACAAGAAGAUCACCACUGUGUGAAGUGCUCCACUGUUACCUGGCCUUCCCCUAUCUGGAGGACUGCCACGCCUCCCUUCUCCCACCAUGCCUCAGACCUCACUUCCUGCUUCUCCCCUCACCUGCCUCCUCACCUAAACAGUGGAGAGUUGCAUUUCAUCACAAGUUCUCUGGUUAUCUCGACUCUGUCUUCUUUACUACAUUUUCCUGCCCCUGUCACACUACCUGGCCUUUGGGGAGCAAGAAUUGAAGGUCAUCUAACACAUGUCACUACAUUGUGCAGUCGUCCUCUAUAGCUUUUGUGAUCCUGCGCUCAGCCGAUAGCUUGACAUUUUUCAGGCCCAUCCGCAUUUUAUUCUACCUUUGCUUCAAUGAGCUGCUUUCAGUAAAAGAAAAGCUUUCUACCAGGUUUAAUAGAUGUCCACUUGUAUUCUUGCAAUAAUAUCUCAAGGUAAAUAAAUACUCACAUGUUAUGUAUUUCCCACCAUUACAUUUUCACUAGAGAUCCAAGUUCUUUUGUAAGGGCAACUUUUUAACACUUUGAAUAUGGUGAGAAAACUGGGAUGGCUGUGGUAGCCAAGGAUGCCAGAGUGAGCUAGUGUGUAGAGGUAGUCACAUAGUGGGGGAGGGGCUAUGUAAAUAAACACUUCCAACUGAGAAAAUGUUUUUCCUGUAUGUGUAUGUGUCUGUCUGAAAGAGAGAGAGAGAGAGAAACAUCAGCAAUUGCAGCUGUGCUUCACUAUAAUAAUCCUUCAAACUUUCCUAUAGGACAUGGUCAUUUACUGUAUAGAUGGGUGCAAUUUCCUACUGGACAAACUUGCAUUUACCUCAAGAGAGAUUUAUCUGUGUUCAUCACACACUGUACCACCCAGCUAACUGGAUUUUCUUUUUUUUCCUUAAUUUGGUCUUUCUUAUAUGGCAUUUUGGAAACAUUCUGUAGCUUUUAUUUUAUCUGAAUUAAAAUUGCAUUUCACUGAUUGCCAGUUGGGCUAUUGGAUAUGAAUGUGUUACACUUGCGUGUGUGUCUGUGUAACUAAUACAUAUAUAAUGGGAUGUGUAUUGUCUUUUUUUUUUUUUUUUUUU